AUGAGCCACACGUUCAGAGGACAAGAAGAAGAAGAAGACGAAAGUGGCGGCUUCACCGUUCUUGUCCCCACGCCCUACUCCACUCUGCGUAUCUGCAGGUUGCUGCCGAGUCCACGCCGUACAGAUCCACCUGCAAGGCCUGCUUCCAUUCUCCCCGGUCUGUUCUUGUUGGCCAUCGUGGGGAGCGCGUCCCUGCUCAUACUGUUCGUGCGCUACCUCUUGGGUACGGAGGGCAUGUUCUGCAACACGGCAGCCUGCGGCGCGUUCGCUCGCCUUCUAAAGACCUCAAUCAACCGUUCUGUUGAUCCGUGCGACAACUUCGGCUCAUUCGUCUGCGAUGGCUGGCGUCGGCAAAAUCCGUACUCGGUUCGUGAAAAUCACUACCGCGCCACGCUAGUCUACAUGUCCAGCCUCACCGAUUCAGUGCAGAUUCCGCCAGUUGCCCAGAGCGCGCUACAGCAGGUCGCCGCUUUCUACCGCAGCUGCACUCAGCUUCCUGUAUCUGGACGCGACGACACUCAGCUAGUCAAGUCCUGGCUCACCGACGCUGGUGUUGUGUGGCCCGUGUGGCCCGCUAAUCCGAACGUCCUCGACACCCUCGCGUACCUCGCACUCAACCUCGGCUUGGCCAGCGUGAUCGACAUCGAGGUCGAGAGACCAGGCCGGCAAAGUGCCGUCAUCACCCUCAAACCCUCGCUCAGCUUUCUCUUGCUAAACAGCCGUAAUUUGUCGACACCUGAUAAGCGCAGGCUGUUUAAAACACUCCGAGACGCCUUUCUGCCGAAUGACGAUACGAUGCGCUAUCGUUUAGUGACGUUCGCAGACAUCGCACGUGUCGAGAAAGAGAUGGUAGCUGACCUCAUCGAUGCAUCACCUCAUCGCCAGCCAUUGUCACUGAGAGACCAUCUGUACCGAAGCCCCAGAGAGUGGAACGCCUCCAUCGCCCGUCACACGCCGACGGGCGCCGCUGUCGCAUUCCGAAGCACGCACCCUCUCUUCUUCAGGGAAUUUGUACGUCUGUGGUACCGACACGGCGAAAUAGAGGUGCACCUGCUUGUGUCCUGGUACGCGGUGCGGUUCGCAGCCUACUUUGCGCACGCGAGUCUGGCGAAUAGCUACAGCUACAAUGAGAACGAAGAGGAGUUUCACCGGAACAGUUUCUGCAUAGUCUUACUGUACGAGGCUCUGGGUGACAUCGUGUUCGCCUCCUACAACACUCUCGUCUUCCCUGGUCGCGUGCGUCAAGAUGUGAAGACCUUAGUGCUGUCUGUGCGCGAGACGUUUACGCACCUCCUGAGCGCGCACUCUAAAUUCGCUAAUAGAGUGUCUACCUUAGCCGGUUGGAGCUUCGUCGAUCACGUGUUCUCCGUACUGGACUACGCGCACGGCGACGGCGAACUCGCUCAUGCACCGCUGCCAGGACUGCCGGACUUCGGAAGCGUGUUCGCUAUCAACUGGCGCUCGGCCAUACGUGCCUUGCAGAUAGCUGAGAAACCUCUGAGGCGUUCGCUCUUCUCCGAGACACUCAAUCACGCACGCCUCUUCGAGACCGUUCCCGAACUGCGUGAUUUCGUGCUUUUGCCCACGGCGCUGGCUUUCCCGAUGUAUGACGCGGCAGCCACGGCCGCCAUAAAAUACGGCGCCCUAGGCAGCCACGUGGCACAAGCGUCAGCACGCAUCUUUCUCGACACACUCGCAACUUUCGAUGCCGAUAUGUCCAAGGAACUCCGCCAGUUUUUGUUCGCUCUGCGCGAUUGCCUUCAGCAUGGCGCAGGCCUGCCGUCUUCGCGCGCCGCUAUCGGCCUCCUCGAAGAUCUGUUUGCGCUGUCCUCUCUGGUUGAAGCAUUUCUUGCGGCCGACAAGGAGGACAAGCGCAUGCUGCAUGAUCUGCCUUACUUUUCCUCGACGCAAUUGUUCUUCGCUACCUGGUGUUUCAUGCGCUGCAUGGGUGAUCAGUCGGCAGGUGACAACGUGGAUCCAUGUUCUCCUACGUUGCGCCAUGUGAAGACUUUCUCCGACGCCUUCGAGUGCGCUCAAGACACCGGCCUCAACCCAGUUCAGCGCUGUGAACUUUUCUGA